AUGUCUCAAUCAAACAGCUCGAGAGGAUUAAUAGGCAGGGAGUUUAAGAACCUUGGGGAUGAAACUACUCAAAGAAUGCAGAGGAUAGAAUAUACUCAAUCGCAUACGCCUGAAAUAAGAUAUUCUAAUAAUAACUCACAGUACGACGACUCUUUACCUCCAAAAGGAAAUAUGGGUGAUAAAUUGAUAAUCCCUAGUGACAUGAAAAUGGCUAAUUACAACAAUCAAAACCCUAGCUUGAUCAAGAGUGAGAUGUCCUCUGUCAUUUUCUCUCCACAGGCACUCUUCAACAACGGGAAAUCGAUGGAUAACAUCAUGGAAUCAAGGAAGAAAAAGCUUGCUGCUUCGAGUUUUAAGAAGUCAGCGGUGAACAAGGCCCCAAAGGAAAUAGAAGAAAGCCAAGAUGAAUACCUGACUUAUACAUCAGAGAUCCAUGAAUUUGCCACAGAGCUCAAGUCUGACAAGGAAGAAGAGAAUAUUGAGGUGAAAUACAGCAAGAAAUGGCUAUGAAGAUCCACAAGUCAGAUCAAAAUUCGUUGGGAUAUUGUUAUUAUGUUGCUAGCAACUCUAAACUGCUUCCAAAUCCCUUACAAUGUUGUCUUUGUUGAGCCUGAAGAUACAGGUGUUGCUGAAAUCAUAAUCAAUGUAAUAAUAGACAUUUUCUUCAUCCUUGAUGUUAUUAUCAACUUUAGGACUUCUUUCAUUGAUGAAGCUGCUGGAGAAGAAAUUACUGAUUGCAAGAAGAUAGCUAUACAUUAUUUGAAAACAAGGUUCUUUAUUGACUUCAUUGCCUCAGUUCCUAUUGAUUAUUUUUCAUUGUUCAUUGGUGGUGAUCAAGGAGAUUCAAUUAUUCUCCAAGCUUUCAGUUUAUUCAAACUAGUCCGAGUUUUGAGACUAGGAAGGCUGAUUACUCAUUUGAACCUAAAGAAUGAUGUCAAGACUUCUCUGAAAUUAACAAAGCUUAUAUUCUUUAUCUUAUUAUUCAUCCACUUUUUGGGGUGCACCUGGUUCUACAUCGCAAAGCAAAAUAAAAAGUGGAUGCCACCGCUAGACUAUGUCUGGGUUGAAACACACAUAUUCGAGGAAGGGAGCUUCUUGCAGUACUGAAACUCCGCAUACCAUGCUGUCCUGAUGCUUGGAGGUAAUGACAUCGGCCCAAGGGGCAUAUUUCAACUGCUCUUUGUGUCGGCAAUGCUCCUGGUUGGAGCUAUUAUUAACUCGAUCAUAUUCGGAAAUAUGGCUGUAGUAUUGCAAGCAAUGAACAAAAAGUCUACCUUGCUCCAAGAUAAACUUGAAGCAGCAAAUGAAGCUAUGAAGAACUUGAAAAUCCCUGAAAAGCUAAAAAUGGAGGUAGAAGGAUUUCUUAGUCUAUCACAAAGUGGUCUAGACUCUCAGAAUGAACUGGAUGACUUUUUGAAAAUGCUCUCACCCAGUUUAAAUAAAAAGGUUGCGACAUACAUUUACGCUGAGGCGAUAGUAACCAACCCUUUCUUUAACGGACAGAAUGAUUCUAUUAAAAUGAUUCUUCAAUACUUGGAAACCAAAUUGUUCCUACCUGAAUGAGAGAUCAUACGCCAAAGUGACGAAGGAAAGAGCAUGUACUUUCUCGCCAGAGGAGAAUGUGAUGUGUUUAUUAAAGACUCCAAUAAAAAAGAGCAAUUUAUUAAGACUCUUCAUAGCCCAGAUUACUUCGGCGAAGUUGCUUUAAUCAAAGCAUGUAAAAGAACUGCAACAGUUAUAAGUAAAUCAUAUGCAACGCUAGCUGAGUUAAGCAAGGAGAGCUUUGAGCUUAUCUGAGAUUCAAACCCCACUCUAACCAAAAGGUUUGAAAAGAAUAUAAGGAAGAACUAUAAUGAUAACUGGAAGAACUUUGUUAAAAGAUCUAUCUCCAAAAUAGACUAUUUCCAGAGUCUCUCUGAUAAAAUUAUAGACGAAGCUUUUUACUUCUUCGAAACUCUAAACCUGAGGAAGGAUUCAUUCCUCUUUAAGAAGGGGAAUCCUCGGAAAGAGCUAUUCAUACUUUGAAAUGGAGAAAUAGAUAUUUAUAUUGAUAACAGUAACAGAAAACCCCUGAUCUUGGAAACUAUAGGGAAAGGAAGCAUUAUUGGACCAUGAGGGAUUAUAGCAUCUGGGCAGUACAGAAUGUCAGGAAAAGCUAGGACGGACAUAACAGUCCUGAAGAUGACCUCAAACGGGCUCCAGAGCCUCAGAGAAAAAUUUGAAGCCUUUGAUGAAACUUGUAUGGAAUAUGAAGACUUCAUAGAUGAUGGAGAGACUGAUGAUAAAGAACCAUAUUGUGACUACAUAAAGCUUGAUUCUCAAGGAAGAUGCCUAACACCAAUAGAAAAGUUUAAAAAUGUAGCAAAUAAAGUUAGAAGCAUCAUCAAAUCCUACAAAUCUGCUACUUUCACUGAGUUGAUGAUGGACUUGCAUGGAGACAAGAAGAAAAAGAAGAUGUUGAGAGAGAAUAGGAAGAAGAACGGAAUGAUACCUAAUCUUCAUUUACCUCCAGAGGAAAGGAACGAGCAAGCCAUCAUCGUAGUUAAUUCAAAAAUAGAUAUGAUGAUGAACAUAAUCACUCAGCAGCAAAGGACGAUUGACAUCAUGAGGAAUGAAAUAAUGGGAAGAUUUAAUGACCUGUGACUCCCUAACGAUCUUAGCAAUAUUGUUAAAGAGAAAGAGCCAGAAGAAGACAAGAGUAAUUAGCUCUAUUUCUAAGGGACAGGAUAAAGCUGAUACUUUAAUCUUAAAAAACAAGAAUAAAGAACACAAGCAACAUCAUGAUAAAUAAAGAUCAUAACAAGGCUAGAGCCAAGCCUAAGAGUAAAGCAACUAAUUACUUUAACAUCGAGGAGGGGUCUGAAAUAAUUGAAGAUAUCAAACUGCUCAACUCAAAAAGAAGUCCUGGGAAAUCCAAAUCUUCUUUAAACCAACAAAGAAAGCCAAGGAAUUUCAAAGGAGGCGUUGAUAAUCUUAACGAUCAUUUCAAUGAUUCUGAUGAUGACAUUAUGAAAGAAUUAGCUCCGUCUUCUAAGAGGAAAGAAGUAUGGAAAGCUAAUAAAAAUACUAAAGAUCUGUCAAUAAGGGCAAAUUAUUUCAAGCCUGACUUGAAUCCAUCAACUAAUAUAGAUCCUGAAAUUCACUACAAUGACUGAGUAGAGGAUGAUCCAAGACCUAUUCAUCGCAGGGCUCAGACGAGUGACGGACUGAUUGAUUAUUCUCAGAAUGAUCCUCCUGAAUAUGAUUCUACGGGCAGUUAAGAUCAUUUCAGGAUUAGAGAGCCUAUAA